ACACAUAAAAAUAUCUUCUAUUAUCGAGAAUCACAAUUACAAAUUAUGCAUUUUAAUAAGUCAAAUUGUUGUAAAAUUUCAAAUAUGAAGCCUAUUUAAUUAAUUAUCUGAUAUAUCAAUGGGUUAGAGUUUUCUUGUGUAGUACUAAUUAAAACACAAUAAUGUGCUUUGUCAAAAUUUGAGUUUACUCAUUAAAGAUGGGUUUAGUAGGACACAACCAUAUUAAAUCAUUAAAAACUUUAAGGCAGCCGAACUUUUGGACUUUCAGCUAAAAUAAUAAUAAACAAUUAUAUGUUUUUAAAACCAAAAGAAAUUCCAACCCUUAUCCUCAAAUGAAAUAAAUAAAUUUAGUAGGGUCCUCCCAGCCCUAAAAAAAUAUUCGUUUUUUCGGUGCCUUAAUUAAACAGGAAUUCCCUUAUUGGUCCACGAAGUAGUUCACUAUUCUAUCUCUCUCUGUAGCACAUUUUCAACGAUUUUACAUUACUUCUUCUUCUGUUUGGGAAUUGGGGACAGACGAAAGCCAGCCCACCUGCCUUUUAUUUUACCUAUAUUUAAAUUAUUCUUUCAAAUCUUAUCCAGAAAUCUUACCGGCCUUGUUACAAUUAUUUUUUUUCGUUGAAUCUUGUUACAAUUAUUGUCUUCAGUGUCCAUAUUAAAAAAAAAAACGAAUAUAUGUCAUAAAUGAACAUAUUUGUGAGGAAAUUUUGAUAUUUUAUCAUGUUAGACGCAUUUAAUAUAGGCUUUGAUUCAUGUUAUUUUUUUACAUAUUUAGAAGAAUAACAUUAUUAUUGAUGCAUUAGAUCAUAUAAUAAAUUAGCGUUAUCUUUAGCUUAUUUUUAACAAAUAUUUAUGAAAAAUACGAGACAUGUUAAAACAAAUUGAACUUCAUCAAGACCCAAACAACAACUUCUUUGCAUAUUUUUUUAAUGUUUUUCGCUUUGAUCAAUUUGCUUAUAAUUUUAAUUAGUUAUGGAACAUUUUUAGUGUUGGAUUUGUUAUUAAACUUAAAAAAUAAGGACAAACUAAAAGGGAGGGAAAUCAGAUUCCCUAUAUACCUGUCAUUUGUGUCACAAAAGGGAGGAAAAAAAGAUAUUUGUUCGGUGCGGUGUCGUUUUGUGGUCAGAGCCCACCACUUGGCGCCGGUGAAGUGACAGUUAAUUUUCUCGCCACAAUUUCCUCCAUUUUCUCGAGAAAAUCCAACCUCCCAGCUUUCCCCGCCAUAACUGUUUCCCUAGACCGCGUCGCCAAACAAAACAAAAGAGAUUCGUCCAGGGGAGAAUCCCCUACGUGGCGACCCAUGAUUGGUCUGUCGUCCGCUCCCUGCGUCACCGUCUCACAGUUGUAACGAACACGCAAUCCAAGAUGAUGGAUUUACGCGGGCAGUUGGCUCGCUCUACUUAUUAAGCAAACCCAGCUGGGCGUCGAGAGGUUUGUGAAGUUAAAGAAACAUUUCGCCCCGAAUUUUCCCCUUUCGCCUUCAAAGAUUGAAACUUUAUCUCGUCUAAUUCAAAGAUUCCCCUAUAUUUCCACUACCCAGAUUCUCAAUUUUGAUUUUUGUGUAAUAUAAAGCAAAAGAUUCAAUUUUUGGGGGAAUUACUUUGCUGCUGUUGGGUGGGGGUUUUAGGGCUAUAAAUUCAGAGCAAUCCCCUCGCAGAUCUUUACCGGGUCAUCUUCAUUUUUUCUUCUUCUUGCUUCUGUAGUUGGGUUUUUCUUUUCCCCCGCUAGAAUUGAUUCUCUGUAGCUGUGAAUUACCCAACGAAAUGGCAAUCAAGACAAAUGGGUUCAUCGAUGGGAUCUUCCCAGAGGAGCUGAAGAGAGUGCUGCAAUCUCUGGCCAUGGAAUGGGGAGAUGUGGUGGAAGACAUGAAAGCCUUGCAGGUGAUACCAAUGAAAGGUGCGAUGACUAAUGAGGUUUACCAGGUAAACUGGCCGACUAAAGGAGGAGGGGAAGGAAUCCACAGGAAGCUGUUGAUUAGAAUCUAUGGCGAAGGGGUUGAUCUGUUCUUCAAUAGGGAUGAUGAAGUCAGGACGUUUGAGUGUAUGUCUAACCAUGGUCAGGGACCUAGGCUUCUUGGCAGGUUCCCUGAAGGCAGGGUUGAAGAGUUCAUCCAUGCUAGGACACUUUCAGCUGCUGAUCUAAGGGACCCUGAGACUUCUGCUCUGAUAGCAGCAAAGAUGAGGGAGUUUCACAAUCUGGAGAUGCCUGGCUCAAAGACUGUGUCACUUUGGAACAAAAUGAGGGAUUUGUUGGGUGAGGCUAGAAGCUUGUGCACUGCGAGAGAUGCUAAAGAGUUUCGCUUGGAUGUUCUGGAAGAUGAGAUCAAUAUGCUGGAGAAGGAGAUCUCAAAAGGGUGCCAUCAGAUUGGAUUCUGUCACAAUGAUCUGCAAUAUGGCAAUAUAAUGAUCGAUGAAGAAACCAAGGCUAUCACUUUGAUUGAUUACGAGUAUGCAAGCUACAACCACAUUGCUUAUGACCUGGCAAAUCACUUCUGCGAAAUGGCUGCGAAUUACCAUUCUGAUACUCCACACAUCGUGGAUUUCAGCAAAUACCCAGGACACGAAGAGCGCUGCAGAUUCAUCCGUGCUUACCUGAGCUCGUCUGGAGACAAGCCAACGGAAGAUGAAGUGUUGCAACUAGCUCAGGCUGUAGAAAACUAUAAGCUUGCAAACCAUCUUUUCUGGGGGCUAUGGGGCAUAAUUUCGAGAUACGUGAAUCAAAUCGAUUUCGACUAUCUGGAGUAUGCGAGGCAGAGAUUGCAGCAGUACUGGAAGAUUAAGCCAAUGCUUCUUCUGGAUUCAUCGGUUAAUUCAUGUGAUAGCAAUGGAUAUGCAGGAGUUGGAACAAGGGAAGGGGCUUAAAUAAAAAGAUUCUGUUUUGAUUGGAAAUUUGUAUAAAAAGAAAUGUGUUGGAGAAAUGGAGAAGUUAGGGUUCAUUAGUUUUUGAACUCAAUUAUAGACUUCAGAGUGUGUAUCCUACUUGAUAGUGUAACAUAUAUAUAGUUAAUCCUUGGUAAUAAGAAGUUCGAUGUUUA